CUAAAAAUUCCUAAAUCACUAGAGACAUAUAUUCAUAAGGAAAUGGUUAGCAAAACUCUAGUUUUGUGCACAACAUUCAUUUCCAUUGUAUCCCUUUUUAUGAUAACUAUAAACGCAGCAACCUUCAAUGUGAUGAGCUAUGGUGCAAAACCAGAUGGAAGAGGUGACUCAACUCAGCCAUUCCUCAAGGCAUGGUCUUGGGCGUGUAGUUCCGUCCAGCCGGCGACAAUGUACGUGCCCCGGGGUCGUUACAUGAUAAAAGCGGCAGUGUUUCAGGGGCCGUGCCGGAGCCGAAUCAACGUCCAGAUUGAUGGUACGCUUGUAGCUCCUGAUAAUUAUUGGCACCUCGGAAACUCGGGUUACUGGUUGUUGUUCAUUAAGGUUAACCGGCUUUCAGUUAUUGGUGGGAUAUUGGAUGCUAAGGGCGCCGGAUUUUGGGACUGUCGCCGGAGAGGGGGGAACUGCCCUGCUGGAGCAAGGUCAAUAACAUUCAAUUGGGUGAAUGAUGGGUUGAUCAGCGGCUUAACAUCAAUAAACAGCCAGCUGAUGCAUGUUGUAGUAAAUAGUUGCAACAAUGUUAGAGUCCAAAAUGUGAAGAUUAUAGCUCCAGCCCUAAGUCCGAACACAGAUGGCAUCCAUGUUCAGGUUUCAACUGGUGUUACCAUUUCCAACAGCAACAUUCAAACCGGAGAUGACUGCAUAUCAAUCGGUCCUGGCACGAGAAAUCUAUGGAUGGAACGGAUUAAGUGUGGUCCAGGACACGGUGUUAGCAUUGGAAGUCUAGCUCGAGAUUUUAAAGAAGAUGGAGUGACAAAUGUGACACUUAUUAAUUCAGAGUUCAGAGGAACAGACAAUGGUCUUAGAAUUAAAUCAUGGGCAAGGCCUAGCACAGCUUUUGUUAACAACAUCAAAUUCAGGAACAUCGUCAUGAACAAUGUAGCAAAUCCCAUUAUUAUCGAUCAGAAUUACUGCCCAAAUAAUCAAGGAUGUCCUCGACAGACUUCUGGAGUGAAGAUCAACCAAAUCACUUACCACAACAUCCAAGGAACAUCCACUACGCCGAAUGCGGCCGUGUUUGAUUGUAGUCCAAGUUCUCCCUGCAGAGGAAUCAUAAUGCAAGAUAUAAGACUGACUUAUUUGAACAAAAAGGCAAAAUCUUACUGUAAGAACAUUGGAGGAACCACAAGAGGAGUUAUCUGGCAUGAGAGUUGUUUAUAAGCAAUCCGGCCAAUUAGUUCUCUUACAUUUUUCCCGGGGUUUAUUUACCCUUAUUAAAACUAGAUUACUGACUAAAAAACUUAGGCAGUAGGAUUGAAAUAUCGAUGUCUCUC